UCUCCUCCUGUCUCUCUGUCUCCAGGUGCAGAGAAGUUGAUCCUCCACCUGCAGAAGCACAGCAUCCCCUUCGCCCUGGCCACCAGCUCAGGGACUGAGUCCUACCAGGCCAAGACCAGCGCACACCGGGAGCUGUUCGGUGCCUUUCACCACGUGGUGCUGGGUGAUGACCCCGAGGUCAAGGCCAGCAAGCCCGCCCCGGACAUCUUCCUGGCCUGCGCCCGCAGGUUCUCUCCUCAUUCCUCCCCCCCCCCCCCGUCAACCAGUGCCUGGUGCUGGAGGACAUGCCCCACGGCAUGGCGGUCGCCCCGGCAGCGGGGAUGCAGGUGGUCAUGGUGCCCAGCGUCCAGCUCGACCCCAAACUCAAUGGCCGGGGCCACCCUGCUGCUGCCCUCCUUGGGUGACAUACAACCCGAGCUCUUCGGCCUGCCCACCUUCAACUGACCUACGGACAGACAGACAGACAGAAGGACACUGGACACAAGGCCAAGACCUGACCCAUCCCAGGGCC